AGCUCCGUGCGCUCAGCACCUUCUCCCCGGGAAGGUCCCGAGUUGGCAGCUCUGGGAUCGGGCGCGGCGUCCCGAGGCUGCGCUGCAGGUCGGGGCUGGGCAGACAGGGGCCGGGAUCCCACGCUGUCCCGAUCGUUCCCUCUCGCAGCCACUCCCUCGCAGCCCCGCCGAGCGCGCACUCCCACUGCCUUUCUGCGCGCGGCUCCGGGGUGCGAUGGACGCGGCACUGCUCCACAGCCUACUGGAGGCCAACUGCAGCCUGGCGCUGGGCGAAGAGCUGCCGCUGGACGGCUGGGGGCGGCCUCUAGACCCCGAGGGUUCCUACUCCUAUUGCAACACGACCUUGGACCAGAUCGGGACGUGCUGGCCCCGGAGCGCGGCUGGAGUUCUUGUGGAGAGGCCGUGCCCCGAGUACUUCAACGGCGUCAAGUACAACACGACCCGGAAUGCCUAUCGAGAAUGCUUGGAGAAUGGGACGUGGGCCUCAAGGAUCAACUACUCACAGUGUGAGCCCAUUUUGGAUGAAAAGCAGAGGAAGUAUGACCUGCACUAUCGCAUUGCCCUUGCUGUCAACUACCUGGGCCACUGCAUUUCCGUGGCAGCCCUGGUGGCCGCCUUCCUGCUUUUCCUGGCCCUGCGGAGCAUCCGCUGUCUCCGGAAUGUGAUUCACUGGAACCUCAUCACAACCUUUAUCCUGCGCAAUGUCAUGUGGUUCCUGCUGCAGCUCAUCAACCAUGAAGUGCACGAAAGCAAUGAGGUGUGGUGCCGCUGCAUCACCACCAUCUUCAACUACUUCGUGGUGACCAACUUCUUCUGGAUGUUUGUGGAGGGCAUCUACCUGCACACAGCCAUCGUCAUGACCUAUUCUACCGAGCGCCUGCCCAAGUGGCUCUUCCUCUUCAUCGGAUGGUGUGUCCCCUGCCCCAUCAUCAUCACCUGGGCCAUUGGCAAACUCUACUAUGAGAAUGAACAGUGCUGGUUUGGCAAGGAGCCUGGUGACCUGGUGGACUACAUAUACCAGGGCCCCAUUAUCUUCGUGCUCCUGAUCAAUUUUGUAUUUCUGUUCAACAUUGUCAGGAUCCUAAUGACAAAAUUACGAGCCUCCAGCGCCUCUGAGACAAUCCAGUACAGGGUUUCUUUGUAUCUGUCUUCUACUGCUUCUUCAAUGGAGAGGUACGUUCGGCUGUUAGAAAGAGGUGGCACCGCUGGCAGGACCAUCAUUCCCUCCGAGUCCCUGUGGCUCGAGCCAUGUCCAUCCCCACAUCACCCACACGAAUCAGCUUCCAUAGCAUCAAGCAAACAGCCACUGUGUGACCCCCGCCCCUGCUGCCCUCCUCUGGGCACCUUGCUGUGCAGGCUCUGGUGGGGCAGGGAAAGGGAGGGUGGAGACUUGCACCCCAGCCUGGCAGGAGAGAGGCAGUGCAGCAGCAAAAGGGGACUGCUCACCCAGGGCCAGCGGGGGCCACAAGCUCUGUGCAGUAGGAGCAGGAAAUCGCAGGAGUCCCCAAAGAGAGCAAGUCAGAUGUCUUCAGGCAUUGGCUCACCUCAGCCCCUGUGGUCAGUGCCACCCAAUGCCCCAUCCACAGAUGAGGAAACUGAGGCCCGGAGAGGGAAAGGGCAGACUUGUUGGCAGCCAGGUGGUGGUGUAGCCCUGCUCGCUGCCCUCUGCAGCUGUGGGGAGGAAUUCCCACCGGAGUAAAGGCUGGCCUCCUCCUAGCACACUCAUCUAGUGAAGUCUCACAUGUACCCCACCCCUGACCAGGCUGUCCCUCUGUCCUCUCCCAAGCUAUAUGAAGGAUGCUGGCUUCCUCUCCUGGGAGACCUCUUCUUUGCUUGGUCCACAAAUAAGAGGAGUGGGAAGGGGUAGGUAGGAAAGAAGACACCAUGGUAGGUCAGCAAAGCCACCCUAUUAGGCCAGCGGCACACACAGUACAGGACAAAAGGAAGAGUAGAAGCCUGGGGGGCAGGGGAAGGAGUUGGGUAAGCACAGCAAAACCCAGGGUGUAUCUUUGGUGACUGGAACAAAUGGCCCAGAGCUCCCUCCCCCAGACUGGCUUCAGCCUCCCUUCUAGAAACAUCUCUGCUCUCUGUGAAAUAAACCUUGUCCCUGGGACAUGGUCUCCCAUCAGGUCAAGUCAGCUAGGCUCAGACAUGGGCCAAUAGCCACAUCCAGCCUCCUCAGCAGAGGCUGGCCCUGGCCUAGGGCUGGUUCUCCCUCUCAGACUGGUAGGUUCAGAGCCUUUAUGGUCAAAGUGCCUGCAGGCAAGUCUGUCCUCAUUACUCCCCCCAGGCUAACAUCUGUCCCCAGCCCCCCAGCCCCAGCCAAGGGCAGUUCAAUUCUGCAUAAAGGAGGUUGUGCAGCUUAACCCACACCGGGCCUGUCCCACAGGCCAAGGUGCCAGAAUCUGGUGAGAAGGAUAGAAAAGGCACCUCAGUCUUUGUCAGUAGCAACCAACAGGGCAGCUUCUGGACUUGGCUUCCCUACCUGUGCCCCCAGGACAGUGGCAGGAGGCCAGCAGGUUCCAAUGGGGCUUUUGCUCUAGGUACCCCUGAAAAAUAAAUUUUGAAAAAUGAUGUCCCACAUCUUGCACAUUUUUUAAUUGACAUCUAGUAUUUUUUACUUAAGUUUUAAAACAUGCAAAGGAUAUGAUUUCUGGCACUUGGUAAAUAUUUACAUUUUGAAACAAAACUGCCACACUUUAAUCUGUAUCAAAUGGAACCUAAACACAGUGAUUUAACAUUGACCUUCAUCUAUUUUAAAAACAUGUGACCCUAGGCAGGGCACAGUGGAUUAUGCCUGUCAUCCUAGCACUCUAGGAGGCCAAGGUGGGAGGAUUGCUUGAGCUCAGGAGUAUGAGACCAGACUGAGCAAGAUCAAGACCCUCUACUAAAAAUAGAAAAAUGAGCUAGCUCGCUCUCUCUCCCCCUCCUCUCUCUCUGUCUCUCUGGGUCUCCGUCUCUCCCCACACCUUUGUCUUUCUCUCUUCUCUCCCCCUUCUCUCUCUUCUUUUCUCUCCUCCUUGGUGCUGCUCUGCAGCAUCCCUCCCUCGCCAAUAAAAACCUUUCAUACAAGAAAAAAAAAAAAAGAAAAAGAAAAAUUAGCUGGGCAUUGUGGUGGGCACCUGUAGUGCCAGCUACUCUGGAGGCUGAAGUAGGAGGAUCGCUUGAACCCAGGAGU